CGGGAGACGACGUCUUAAAUAACAAGCCCCCGCAUUGGCUGAGGGGCUCUCACUCGGAACCAAUGAGCGCUAGAUCGCUCCCCCAACAUGGCGGUGCCCUGGCUGCGGCUUAUCACAUUUCGUCAUGUUGGGCUUUAUUUCUGCCCGCCAAGCGGGCUUGGAAGAACCGCUGAGGCUUCGCCGGGCUGAGUCUACCAGGAGGGUGCUGAGCCUGGAGUUAAACAAGGAUAAAGAUAUAGAAAGAAUCCAUGGAAGUGGUAUUAACACCUUGGAUAUCGAACCUGUGGAAAGUCGAUACAUGCUUUCAGGCGGCACUGAUGGCGUUAUUGUACUGUAUGAUCUUGAAAACCUUAGCCGAAAACCAUGUUAUACCUGCAAAGCUGUUUGUUCUGUGGGAAGAAGUCAUCCUAAUGUUCAUAAAUUCAGUGUAGAGACAGUUCAGUGGUACCCUCAUGAUACUGGCAUGUUUACGUCAAGUUCAUUUGAUAAAACCCUGAAAAUAUGGGACACAAACACAUUACAACCAGCAGAUGUGUUUCAUUUUGAGGGAACAGUGUACAGUCAUCAUAUGUCUCCAGUUGCUACCAAGCAUUGCUUAAUCGCAGUUGGUACCAAAAGCCCCAAAGUACAGCUUUGUGACCUGAAGUCUGGAUCAUGUUCUCACAUUCUGCAGGGUCACAAACAAGAAAUUCUAGCAGUAUCUUGGUCACCGCGUUAUGAAUAUAUUUUAGCGACUGCAAGUGCUGACAGCAGAGUGAAAUUGUGGGAUGUAAGGAGAGCAUCUGCUUGUUUGAUUACUCUUGAUCAACAUAAUGGUGAAAAGUCAAAAGCCUCUUCUGAAGCAGUACCCGGUGUUGUUCAUAUUUUCUUAACAGAAAAUACUGCCCAUAAUGGAAGAGUUAACGGCUUGUGCUUCACAAAUGAUGGACUUCACCUUCUGACAUUUGGUACAGAUGACCGCAUGAGACUCUGGAACAGUUCCAGUGGAGAGAACACACUAGUGAAUUAUGGGAAGGUGUGCAAUGAAAGUAGAAAAGGACUCAAAUUUACAGUCUCGCAUGGCUGCAGUCCGGAAUUUGCAUUUGUGCCAUACAGUAGCACUAUAGCUGUUUAUACAAUUUACUCAGGAAAUCGAAUGGCUAUGCUUGGGGGACAUUAUAGUUCUGUCGACUGCUGUGUCUUUCAGCCUAAUUUUCAGGAACUUUAUAGUGGUGGGAGAGACGGCAAUAUCCUUGCCUGGGUACCAUCUCUGAGAGAGCCAGAGCCUGAUGAUACUUCUAAAGAGUUGCAGCCUCAGCAGCGCCUGAAUCCUGCUUAUGAAGAUGCAUGGAGUAGCAGCGAUGAGGAUGGAUGAAUUCUUAAUAGGUUGUUGACAUAAAACAUUCAGCCAUGCACAGUAUUUUCUGAAGAAAGGAUAUUAACCCACGGGUCCAGACAACA